AUGGGUAGUUCGCCAUCUUCAUUCUCAAAUUUUGAAGCAACAAUUCAAAUAAAAGACGGAAUAACAUUUCGAAUAUCAUAUGCCGAUUUGGUUGAUCAUGUUUUGUUACUUCGAAAAGUUAUUUCACAUCCAGAAAUGACAGAACAAGGGGCUGAAUUAGAUUAUUUUAUUCAAGAUUAUUGUAAACGAAUGGCACAACAGGAAAUGAUAAGUAAAAAACAACAAUUAAAACUUCCAUGGCAAACUGAAUGGAUUUGGCACGUGCAUCGUCUACAUCCAAUAGCUUAUUUCAAUGAUUGUACAAAACAACUACAAGUUUUUACAUCAAUAAAAAAUGACUCAUCGUUUGUACCAUCCAUUGAUUUAACACAAGCUGUUAUUCGUCAACGGGAUUUUCUACAAAACUUUCAAAAACAUGAUCUAUAUGAACGAAGUUUUAAACAACAAAAUCUUUCAUAUUUCGAACAGUUAGUACAAAAUUAUGUUUUGUUUCUCAAAUUAGCACGAGAAAAUGAAAUGAUUGUACCAACAUUUGACAUUGAUAUAAUUUGGCAUUCACAUAUGAGACGUCCAGUACAUUAUCGUACAGUUUCAAAAGCUUUAUGUGGAUUUAUUCUCGAUCAUGAUGAUGCAAUCGAACAAAAUAUCCUAUCAAAUAGUUAUCAGAAAACGGCUGAGCGAUGGAAACAGACAUACAAUACAGAUUAUGGCCAUAAUAUUGAUCGAAAAAAUAUCGAAGCAUCACUAUAUGUCAGUUCAUGUGCAGCAGUUGGGAGUGGAUGGGAUUCUAUUUGUGCUGGUGGAGGCGGCUGUGGUGGUGAUGGAGAAGGAGGUGGAUGUGGCGAAGAUUGCGAGGACUAA